UCGCGCCAAACACGUGAAAAAAAAAUGGUUCGAACGUUUAUGACUAGGUCUGAUGUUGAAUGAAAACCAUCAUUUAAACUGUCAGAAAUAUAACAAGAUCACUGACUGAGUUAUCGCCGUGAUUUUAAGAAGAAAUAUCAAAGUAUGAUGUGUCAGAAACAUAAUUUGAGAAAUUGUAUCUGAAGAAUUUAUUCUAAUUGUCAGGAACAGGGUGACGAACAAAAGGAUCCCUUUUCUGUGUCAAGUAUAGUGUCGAGUGAAGUAGUUUUUUAAACAUGUCUUUUGACAUUCUCGACGACGACUUCCCAGAUAUUGACGACAUUGAAGAAUUUUAUGUAAUGAAUGAUCAGAAGAAAAGGAAAAAAGUCGUUCCAUGUGCAACAAAUUUAAAACGGGUGAAAACAACAGUUAAUGAAUCCAACGUUUAUGGCAAUUGCGAUCUAUUAGAUUAUGAUCUGAAGGAAGGAAAACAGGAUAUAGACUUGAGUUCAUUUCGUUUGUGCACAAUUAUUGAGAAAAUUAUUAAUCACAGUAAUAUUGCUUUGACUGUAAAAGAUCGGGAAUCAGAUGCUGUUGGAACUGUCACCUGUUCAGGUUUCUGGAAAAAUACUCAAAUUGAGGCUGGUCAAUCGGCAUCCAUAAAAGCGGUGAACAAGUCAGGGCAUUGGAUUAUUGAUAAUAGUGAUGGAUUUCUUGUCAAUUACCCUGACACACUCAUAUCUUCAACAACUGUAGUGGGAUCUCUGUUUUGUGCUCGACGUGGUAUAUUCAACGAACGAUUCAAAGGAUUUGAUUCCCUCUUUGCUGACAAAGCGGAUACUCCUUUGAUCGUUGGAAUGAUUACUCAUGAAUUGUUUCAGAAGGCACUGCAGAAGAAUGUUUAUUCCAUUUCUAAAGUGACUGCAAUCCUAGAUGAAUGCUUGCAAUCCCGAGGGACAUUAAGCUCAUUGUACAAUUCUGGCAUAAAGACCGAAGAACUCCGGAAACUUAUAGAACCUUAUGUACCAAAGAUAUGCGAAUUUGUGGAAUAUCACACAACUGACAAAAUAGUUCCACAUAUGAAUGACGAUUUCAAAGGUAAAAUAAAAGUUGUGCAUGAUAUAGAAGAAAACAUUUGGCUUCCUGAACUUGGUAUCAAAGGGAAAAUAGAUGUAACUGUCGAAGUGGGCAUCAAUUCGAGACGUAGAAUAAUGCCACUGGAAUUGAAAACAGGAAGACCGACCUUUUCUUUAGAACACAAGGGACAAGUAACUUUAUAUUGCAUGUUGAUGUCUUUAACAGGGCAUGAUGUUGAUACAGGACUUCUUCUCUACAUACGAGACAAUAUCAUGCGAGAAAUGAGGCAUGGUCAUCCUGAACGAAGAGACUUGAUUGUAGUCAGAAAUAAUCUGGCCCAUUAUCUAGACGGAGUAAAAAAGAAGAAGUUUAAUUUGGAUUCUAAAGUAUUAAAACCUAUGGAAAUACCAGAACCUAUUUCUUUUCGAAAUGCAUGUGUAAAAUGUUCUUACAACCGCUUAUGUUGUGCAUAUUUGAAUAAUGACAGCGAUAGUAAUCUCUCUGAGCAACAUCCCUUGAGAACAAUCAGUAAAGAGAUUCUUAGCCAUUUGCCAUCAGAACACAUUAAUUACAUCAUGAAAUGGAUACUUUUACUAGAAAUGGAAGAUAUCAGCGAAAACAACGACUCGUUAAAGCAUUUCUGGAAAACUGUACCAGAAAAAAGAGAAAAAACCGGAUUCUGCCUUGCCAAUCUAAAGAUAAGGGUUGUAGAUGUGGUAGAUGACAAGUAUAUGCACAGUUUUGUUCGAUUAAAUGCGGAUUCUACUCAUGUUAUAAAUGACUUUACCAACUCAGAAUUAAAGGAGCAAAACUAUGUUAUCAUAAAUACAAAUACUCGAAUUAAUAUAUGCAGUGGUUUUGUUCGUCGAGUUGAAAAGGACGUUAUCACCGUGUCCUUGGACAAGGACAUAUCGCAAAAAAAUCCUGAAGCAGUAUUUUCCAUUGACAAGUAUCAGUCAUCUACGCUGCUGGCAUACAACUUGGUCAACAUUGCUGGUCUUUUAGAGGAUAAUGACGUAUGUGGAAAGUUACGGAAUAUCAUCAUUGACAAAAUACCAGCUAGAUAUGAUUUAAAGCUGCCACGUUCAAUAGCUGGCAAGGGAGCUGAAAUAUUAUAUUGCUUGAACAAAGUUCAGCAAAAUGCGGUACUACGAGUCCUAGCAGCGCAUGACUUCGUCUUGAUUAAAGGCAUGCCUGGAACUGGCAAGACGAAAACACUAGUAGCUGUAAUCCAGCUGUUAGCAAAAUUGGGGAAUUCGGUGAUAAUCACUGCUCACACUCACAGUGCCGUGGAUAAUAUUUUACUCCAACUAGCGGAGCUGGAAGUCGAUUUUAUAAGACUGGGUUCAGAAAGUAGAAUACAUCCGACUCUGAAGAACAAGUCGGAGAGUUUUCUUACCGCUGAAUGUAACUCUGCUGAAAGUUUGGAGGCAAUGUAUAAAAGUAAAAAUAUUGUGGGAGUAACGUGCUUUGGCGCUUAUCAUGCUAUGCUAUCGAAGAGGGUCUUCGAUGUUUGCAUCGUAGAUGAAAGUACCCAAGUAUUGCUGCCCACUGUCCUAAAACCUCUGUAUAGUGCGAAAAAAUUUGUCUUAGUUGGAGACCCGAAACAACUGCCCCCUGUCACAAGAAGCACCGAAGCUAGAAAACUUGGCUUAAACGAAUCAUUGUUCAUAAGAUUGGACAGCAAAGAGAGUACGGUAAUUUUGACUUUGCAAUAUAGAAUGAACAGCAGAAUUAUGGAGAUAGCUAAUAAAUUGUCGUACGAAGAUCAGUUGCGAGCUGGAUCUCCAAGUACAGCGAAUUCAACAAUGGUCCUUGAAGAUCCCUCGGUUUUAGAAACAUGCGAGGAAUGGGUUAAACCUAUCUUAGCUGUAGAUUUGGAUAACUCUGUGAUAAUGGUCAACACGAAUCAAACAUAUCCUAUAACCAACAAGAAGUUAGUUGGGAGUAAUCCCGAAGAACAAAAAUGCUCAAAUGCAGCUGAAGCUGCUAUUGUUCUUCAUUUGUGUAACAUUCUUCUUGAGGGUGGAGUGCUGGUCAAAGAUAUCGGUAUAAUAUCACCAUACAAAAUGCAAGUGAACUUGUUGAAACGCAUUAUUCAACCAGGUGUAGAAAUAAAUACGGUGGAUCAAUUCCAAGGCCGUGACAAGAGUAUUAUUAUUUAUUCGUGUGCGAAAAGCAGUCCACCGAAUGCUGUGAAGAAAAGGGAGUUCGAUAUUCUAGAAGAUCAUCAAAGAUUGACUGUAGCAGUAACACGAGCUAAACAUAAGCUCAUUGUCAUUGGAGACUGUAAUACUCUCAAAUGGUAUUCACCAUUUAAUCUAUUGUUUUCCUGUUUACGCGAAAAAGACACAAUCGAAUUAACCGAUGGUCGCAUGAGUUUCUCUUGGGAUAAUUUACUUCAAAAACUUCCGACGUCGUUCUAGACGUUACGGGAAGAACUAUAUUUAUUUUUGUAUCAUUUUACACUAUCUACCAAUAA